AUGACGACACUACAACCAGUUAAUCCAAAGCCAUUCUUGAAUGGACUAACCGGCAAACCAGUUGUUUGCAAACUGAAAUGGGGUAUGGAAUAUAAAGGGUACCUUGUUUCUGUUGAUGGUUACAUGAACUUGCAACUAGCCAACGCUGAAGAAUACAUAGAUGGUCGACAUACUGGUGAUGUUGGAGAAGUUUUAAUUAGGUGCAACAAUGUACUGUGGGUUGGUGGAGCUGAAGAAAGUAGCGAAAUGCAACAUUGA